UCAUAGCAAAUGCAUGUCAUAACAAACUAAUUAGCGAGAAUACAGCAGAAGCAAACACCUUACAAAUUUUACAUGAUCAUUGCCCACAUAAAGAUCUCCACAUCCCUUCCAUUUUAAUCUCUGGAAUGAGACCGAGAAAUGAACAAUAUCUUCUGCUGUACAAUGAAGGUGGUAGUAGAGAUAUUGACAGGAACCCUGUUCUACAUUCAAGUAGGAAAUGAUGCAACGAUUGCUGAUCUCAAACGAGAGAUUGGUGCCCAGCAAAAGCUACCUCAUGACCGUUUGAUCUUGUUUCUAGAUAACAGUCGAAGCAGUCUGAUUGAUGAAAUUGGAGAUGCAACAUCUCUAGUUGAUUGCGGAGUUCAUGAUGGAUCUCAUAUUUACCUCUUCUUUAAUCCACUGGACGAUGGAUCUACUCAUCAUUUUGUGUUCACCUGGCCUGAUUCUUUCUUGGGAUUUUGGACUCAGCUGGAAGCAAGGUUAGAAGUUCAGAGCUCUAAGCAAUUUGCUAGAAGAAGGAACAAAAUAGACGAGACAUGGCCGCUGACGUCUGUCACACCCAUGAGCUAUGUCAUGCCCGUAACACUUGACCCUCCUCACCUUUCUAUUACGGCCGCGAUAGGCGUCAUGAACGUGCCGCGAAAACUCUAAAUUAUUGUAAACUUUAUGCUCUUAUUUUCUAUUUAUAUAUGGAUUUAUCUUCUAUAUAAAAGAGCCCGUUUUAGAA